AUGUCCUUUAUUAAAGACUGCCCACGUAACCCAUCUUAGAAUUCUCAUUCUUGCCCAUUCUAGCUUUCUACACCAUCAAAAUUCGCCAGCCAUGGGUAACAGUUUAGGAGGGAAAAAGACUGUCAAGAUCAUGAAGAUAAGCGGCGAAACAUUCAAGUUAAAGACGCCGGUGAAGGCUGGAGAAGUAAUUAAGGAUUAUCCAGGUCUUGUUCUGUUAGAAUCAGAGGCUGUCAAGCAUUAUGGGGUCAGGGCAAAGCCUCUGGAACCACACCAGGAGUUGGUGCCGAAGAGGCUUUAUUUCCUAGUAGAGCUGCCUAAGGCUUCAGCAGAGAAAGCUGCGAGAAGGGUUCGGUCGGGGAUUAACAUGAGCGCUAAAGACAGGCUCGAGAGCUUAAUGCUGGCUCGCAGAUCAACGUCCGAUCUUUCCAUAAUAAACCCAAGUUCUUCCAGCAGUAGCAUUGUUCCCGAGCAGAGCGGUCCAAUGAGGGUGAAGAUGAGGUUACCAAAGGCAGAAGUAGAGAAGUUGAUGCAAGAAAGCAAGGACGAUGCAGAGGCAGCUGCUAAGAUUAUGGAACUUUGCAUUGCUAACAAAGGAGGCAAAAGGUCGACCGAAAUUGCUCCACAACAACAAGUGCAUUUGCAGAGUGGCCAUGGCAGAGCAGAAAGCGAAAGUGUCAAGGCGCGGAAACGAGUGAGCUUCCAUCCAGUCAGUGAAGGAGAGAUGCAAAUAGCGGUGGCUUCUUGUUGAGAAAAUAUGUUGAAAUAAAAUAAAUUAUGUUAAAUUACAUUCUCUCAGCUUCAGCCUUCAAAUUCUCAUCUACCAAAUAUUUCCUUGUAUGUCUCCUUUUUUGUACAUAGAACAAAGGAAUUUUGAGACUCAUAUGAGGAUUUUGAAAGGGCAUUAAACUGAGAGAAGUAACCUUUACAGUGACUCCUUAUCAUGAUUAUGGGUUAAUUUUCUUCUUA